UACACACUCACACACACAGACACAGACAAACAGACACACACUCUCUCUCUCUGUCUCUCUCUCUCUCUCUCACACACACACACACACACACGGACACUCACAGACACUCACACACACUCAGUACAGUAACAGCUCUGUACAGAGGUUGGUGUUCUUCAGCACUAAGUAAUUUCAGUUUAUUCAGACUCUACUGUUCUGUUGUUUAUCCAUUUAAACUCAGAACUCUUAAAGAAAUGUCUUUUCCGAGUCUCAGUAAGAGUGCGGCUCAGAACCGGGCACUAAUUGUCUCGGUGGAGAGUUACAGCGCAUGCGCCGGACUCGGGAAGCGGAGCGGAGUGCGAUGGGACACGAAGCGGCUGCACGCGGCUCUCAAACGGAGAGGCUUCCAAGUGACCAUCCUGAACGACCCGAAUGCGCUCGAGAUCAUCGAAGAAUUUAAAGCAGAGAGUGAGCAGUCAGUUCACAGCUGUUUUGUGGGUGUGAUAUCGAGUCAUGGAGAGAACGGAGUGGUAUUUGGAUCAGACGGACGACCUGUCAAACUGGCACAUAUAUACUCACAAUUUGGAGGACCAGUGAUGGCUACCAAAAGCAAACUGUUCCUGGUCCAGGCUUGUCGAGGCAGUGAGCUGGAUAAUGGUGUUGAGACUGAUUCAGUCUGCGUAGACUCAUCUGAAGAUGAUGGUGUAUAUGAAUGUCAGUCAAUUCCUAACCAAACAGUUGUUGCUUAUGCUACGGCUCCAGGCUACAGUGCCUUCAUGCACCCGACCGGCUCAGUGUUCCUGCAGACGUUCUGUGAUCUGGUGGAGGAGUGUGAGGAGUGGGAGAUCACGCGGCUUCUGACUCGGCUAAAUCGGCUUAUAGCCUUUGAGUUUGAGGCGAGAGGAAAGAUGCUGAAGGGCAAAAAGGAGAUGCCAUGUUUCGUCAGCCGCCUCACCGCUGACUUUUACCCCUUCACCAACACAAUCAGAGUUUUGGCCACGGAGCUGCUCCAAGACACACACACUGCUCGCAAAAACUCUAUCACCUGAACUUAAACCUAAGUUAACUUAAGUCACUUAACUUUAACUUAAGUGAGAUAACUCUGACUUGUAUUGAUAAAGAAGACUUUAUUAGGACAUGUAAUCUUAUUCUGGUGCUAUACAGUGGAAACAUAACUAUUUUAUGUUGGUUACUUUGACUACAGGGAGAUCAUGUGGUGAAUUAUAGGGUGCAGCGUUAGAGAGCAGAUUGAUUUGUGUAUUAAACCCUGUAUGUAUGGGCAUAGGACUGGAGAGUAUUUGCACAUAUUUAACAAUGUUAUAAAUAAUGACGAUACUUGAACGAAUACAUGAUUAUGUGAUAUUUAUGUACAAACAUUACUUAAGAAAGUUUCAAGAACGUUUUGGGACAAUUGUUGUUUUGGAUUGUUCUGGAUAUAGAAUAAACUGUCUGUCACUCUGA